UCUUGUGUUUGGACGCGCUACCGUUUUUGUCCAAUUUUCGAUUAUUCGACAGUGUAAUAAUCAAGUUCAUUUCCAUGAAAUGUGAUCGUUGCCAAUGUAUACAAAACAUAAAAAUAUGAGUAGUCAAUAAACGAAAAAUAUUUUGUAAACAUUUGCAACGCAAUCACAUGGAAAUAAACUUGUUUAAUGCAUUGUCGAAAAUAAGGCAAAAACAACGGCGCGUUUAAACAUUAAAAGAGAUAGGAGAUAAAGAUUUAUUAUUAAAUAAGAAAAUAUGAGCCUUCAAUUGAAGUAUGAAAUUGCAAAUUCAAAUGCAAAUUCUCUUUCGUGAUUCGGUUUUCAAUUGAGCAACAUGAAACAAAAUAAGCAGGCGCCAAUUAGCGAUUUGUUUGGGAAAAACACAUCACAAAAUGCUGCUGUUUCAAAUGACAAUACUGAAAGUGCGACGUCGUCUUCAACAAAUGUGCGUAAUAUUCCGCAAACGGUGGAGUUGGUACAGCCGGAACCAACCGAUAUUUCAAAAAUUGGUGCAGAAUACAAAAAGCAAGUGUUCCAAACGAAAAAAUUUCCAAAAGACAAAGACAACCGAAGUUUUCAGUCACGAUGGACAGAUAGAUACGAUUGGAUUGAAUAUUCUGAGCAAGUCGAUGCCGUUUAUUGUUUUGCUUGCAGACAAUUUGGAAAAUCCACAACAAAAGAUGAUGUAUUCAUGAAAACUGGUUUCAAGUCAUGGAAAUUGGCUCUUCAAAAGGGCAAAGGCUUUGAUAAACACAACGAAUCUACACAGCAUAAAGAAAAUUUAGCGUCAUGGAAAGAAAAAGAGGCACCUAGUCAAAAUUCAACUCAAAUUUCGCGUCUCUUAUCGAACGAUGUUAUUGAAAAACGACAGUAUUAUGUGAAAUCAUUAAUCCGUAUUGUUAAAUUUCUCGCAUCACAUGAACUGCCAUUUCGAGGUAAUUAUGAUGUCGAUACGCACAAAGAAAUUGGUCUCUUCACAGAGCUACUCGAAUUCACAAUGCAAACAGAUGAAAAGUUAAAAGAAUGCUUAGCUGUCAUACCGAAAAACGCCAUGUACACAUCACCUGAUAUACAAAACGAGCUGAUUGCAAAAAUGGUUGAAAUAGUGCGCGAACAAGUCAUUGCUGAAGUGAAUGCUGCAGAUGGAUUCACUCUAUUGGUGGAUGGUACUAAAGACAAAAACAAAAAUGAAAUAAUUUCAAUUGCAGCACGAUAUGUGCUUAAUUCAAAACCAAAGGAAUCUUUAAUAUCUUUCGAGAAAAGUGACAGUCUUUGUGCCGAUCCAAUGGCAAAUUUUAUUUUGGUGAAAUUAAAAGAGUUCAAGUUGGAACUCAUAAAACUACUUUGCCAAUGCUAUGAUGGUGCCAGCGUAAUGAGUGGUGAACACGGUGGAAUUCAAACGAUCAUUCAACAAAAAUUGGGACGAACCAUUCCGUACGUUCAUUGCAUGAAUCAUCGUUUACAUCUGGUUGUGAUUGCGGCAAUCGAAGAUAUUCACGAACCGUCAUUGUUUUUUGGUCAAAUCAAAAUGAUAUAUAAUUUUUUUUCGCGAUGGAAAGUAAAACAAGUAUACGAAGGAACCAAAAUUUCUAAAGUGAUUCAGACACGAUG